CGUGCUUUACUUAAGCGCACCUUUUUUUUUUUAUUUUCUGCGAUCUCAACCGAGAUGGAGAACGGAAAUACAGCUGAAGGCAAACCUGCUAACCACUGGGGUAGCGAGGAAUAUCUUUCUCGUGAAGCCAAGGAUAACACCGUCGACAACCUACUUCAAGGUGAAGAAGGAGGACCAGCCGGACAGAAGAGUUAUGUUGGGUUGCAGCGAAAGCUUGGCCUUGCCAGUGGAAUCAGCCUUAUCGUAGGGACUAUGAUAGGGUCUGGAAUAUUUGCUUCGCCUCGCUAUGUCAUGGAAAACAGUGGCUCUGUUGGACUGACUUUGAUUGUCUGGAGUCUAUGCGGGGUCUUAGCGAUGUUUGGAGCGCUGUGUUACUCCGAACUCGGCACAAUGAUCCCUUUAUCCGGAGCGGAGUAUGUAUACUUACUGGAAGGGUUUGGUCCACUGGCAGCAUUUCUCUAUUCAUGGACAUCUGUCAUUGUGCUAAAGCCUUCGCAAGUUGCUAUCAUCUGUUUGGCGUUUGGAGCUUACGUGAUCGAGCCGAUCUUCCCUGGAUGUGGCGAUAGAGAAGAUCUGCAACCUGUCGUCAAGCUGUUGGCUGCGCUUGCUAUCGGAAUCAUCAUGUUCGUGAAUAUUGCAAGUGUAAAAUGGGCCUCGCGUAUGCAAGUUAUCUUCACAGUUUGUAAAAUGGUGGCUAUUGUUAUGCUUAUUAUUACUGGCCUCGUUCGCCUUGGUCAAGGUUUUACUGAUAGUUUUGAUAACUCCUUUCAUAAAACAACGAGUAACAUCGGUUUGGUAGGAUUCGCAUUUUACAACGGACUUUGGGCUUAUGACGGCUGGAACAAUUUGAAUUACGUUACAGAAGAAUUGAAGAAUCCCUAUCGGGACUUGCCGCUGUCCAUAUUGAUUGGUAUUCCACUUGUGACAGUUUGUUAUGUGCUAGUAAAUAUCGCCUAUCUGACCGUCCUGACACCUAUGGAAAUCAUGAAUUCCAGCGCAGUUGCGGUGACUUUAGCAGAUCGUUUAUACGGAGUGAUGGCUUGGGUCAUUCCCAUAUUUGUUGCCGCGUCCACUUUUGGUGCCGCAAACGGAUCUGCCUUUAGCAGUGGAAGACUUGUGUUUGCCGCUGCUCGCGAGGGUCACCUUCCGAAAUUCCUUGCUAUGAUUCAUACCAAGAGACACACACCCCUUCCUGCCAUGCUGUUCACCAGUACCAUUGCCUGGAUUAUGUUGUUACCAGACUCCAGUAGCUUUGAGACACUUAUUAACUAUUUCAGUUUUGCUGCCUGGGUUUUUUACGGUUUUACUGUAUCAGCUUUGCUUUGGCUCCGGUACAAAAAGCCUGACAUGAAACGACCGUAUAGGGUUCCUAUAGUGAUUCCGAUUCUGGUUUUGCUGGCCUCCAUCUACCUGAUCGUGGCGCCAUUCUACGAAGCUCCUUUGGAGUCUUUCUUUUGUCUCCUCUUCAUCUUAGCUGGAAUUCCAUUUUACCUUGUAUUUGUCUAUUUCAAGGUUGUACCUCAAAGUUUCUUCAAAUGCGUGGCGCGGUUGACGUACAAGCUACAGAUGAUUUGUGAUGUUGCUUUUCCUGAAUCGGAGGCUGACAUGGUGGGAACAUAAACUUCCCCUUAGUGAAUGCAAGAAUGUUAUUGUAAAAUCCAACCAUCUAUUUUCUCGAUUAACAAACAGUAAAUGUAGAUCUCUUUCGAAUAGUUACCAUUCUUUAUCUUCAUGCAAAUAAGUCUUCUAAUUAUUAUACUUCACAGUACCGUAUUUCCUCGAUUAAGCGCCCAGGCGCUUAUUUGAAAUUUCGGCUCACUGGAAGGACGGUGCUUAUUAUUUGCCUGUUUCGAUUCUGUUGCAGUUAUUUGAAUUUAUUUAGUUGAAGCUUGAAAAGGUAUAUAUAAAGUGGAAAUGGGAACAGGUUUUCAGUGGCUUAUUUACCAUUAUGGCACAGAGGGUGGGUGCUUCGGGAGAGGGGACCCUUUAGAGCAUGGACGAUUAUUCGAGGAAAUGCGAAAUAUUUCCUUUUGCAACAAGCGUGAAGAUAGAGUUUUGUGUAAUAUGGGCAUGCCAAAGUACAUCUAUGUUUUUACAAAACCGUUUAUUCCAAACAAAAAUAAAAUUAUUUCAAUGUGCUAAUUUAUUUCCUCUUCGAAAUGAAUAUGGAUAUUUUUCUUAAUUAUGAUUUUAGGACAAGAUAUAUCUCAGUGAGAUGCAUUUACUUACAAUAUAAGCAUAUAUAUGAUUAUAAAUAUAUGAGUAUAAAUAUCAGUUCAGUUGAAACGGUGAGUUCAGAAACAGUGGUUCUUAGAAACUUAGGGAUUGCGUUUCUUGUUUUUCUAUUCACACUGUUCUUUGUAACCUCGCUCGGGAUGGAUUUAAAUUGUAAGACGCGCUUUACAAAUGGUUCUCCACUUAUCGGUCACUUUGGUUUUGAAUUUGUAAAUGAUCUACCCACGAGAGUGAUUCACGCAAAUUUCAUUAAUUUUGCUCUUGAAUUAUUUUUAAGGGGUUAUGAUGUUUAAUAACAGCAAUUAUUUUUUAGUGUUUGUAUCACUGAUUGUUUAAUAUAUUGACUUAUUACAUCCAUUUAAACUCACUCAUGAUCCUUGCAAACGGAUUGGCCCUCAGGAAUGCGAAUUAGUCACAAAUCACACUGUUUUUUCCCCUAAAUCACAUCAACACUAGAAACCAACAACCAAUCAGAUUUAUAGCCUUAGAGUUAUUGAGAUUAUCUAUGUUUGCUGGAUACCCAGGAACAGUAAGUGAUCCAAUUAUAUGACUUUUUUUUAUCAGUCAAGGUAAACCGUGUUCUAUAGUCACAGGCAGAGAUCUAUCAGAGCUCUUCCAAUCAGAACCAAUCAAGGCUUUGUUGCACAUACUUUCCUGCCCUAGGGUGCUGGUCACCUGAUUUCCUUGAAUUUUGAUUGGCUCAUUGCAUUGGGUACACUUGUUUUGACUAAAACUUUUGUUUGCAAUUCAACAGUUAUCUUAACGGGUAUUCUUCUAUAAGUGCGAAAUUAAGUUGCACUUGAGUGCUUGAAAACUGUUCCUGUGUUGCAAACUCUAGUUA